UUAUUUUAUUUAAAAAAUGUUUUUUUUUUUAAAUUUUAUUUUUUCUUUUUAUGAGAAGUUAUAUGCAGAAUAAAUUAAUGAGUGUUUUUUAUAAGUUAAUAAAAUUGACAAUAUUUUCUUUUUUGCACGGCUUGCUCUGCUUGUUAAUCCUUUCACCAGGAAAACAAUCUCACCUCCUGCCCUUGGGAAUCCAACCAAUCAGGGACAACUUUGCCCUAUUUAAGUGUUAGAGGUGGGCAGUAACCCACCUGUUUCUCCUCAGACACAAGGGGAAGGCAUCCACAUUCAAGAAGAAAUGGAACUAGCUGUGCUGCUCUGUUUUAUUCUGGUGUUUUAUGGUCAAACCCUGCAAGUGGUGGCUGCAGAAUCUGAUCCACAUGAACUCGUGGAGACUGACUGUGAGAAGUAUGGAACGUUUUGCAAUGACGAAUAUGCUCCUGUAUGUGGCAGUGAUGGAGUUACAUACUCCAAUGAAUGUUAUCUCUGCUGGGAAACUAGAGGGAAUCAAAAGAAAGUGACUGUGGCAUACAAAGGUGAGUGUGAUGCCUGUGAGAAACAUGGAUCAAUCUGCCCCGUGGAAGUUGAUCUAGUAUGUGGGAGUGAUGGACGUACAUACAACAAUGAGUGUUACCUCUGCAAGGAAAAUAGAUGGAAUCCAGAGAAAGUGAGGGUGGCUUUCAAGGGUUGGUGCGAUAACUGUAGGAGGUAUACAGGAGGUUGCCCCCGUAUAUGGGAUCCAGUAUGUGGCACUGAUGGUCGUACAUAUGCCAAUGAGUGUGAUCUCUGCCGGGAAAAUAGAGAGAAUUACAAGAAUGUGAAGGUACUGUACAUGGGUGAGUGCGAUCCCUGUGAGACGUAUGGACGCUUUUGCCCCAAGAAAUGGGAUCCAGUAUGUGGCAGUGAUGGAUAUACUUACGUCAAUGAGUGUCAGCUCUGCCAGGAAAAUAGAUUGAAACAGAAGAAACUGCAGGUGGCACAUAAGGGAUGGUGUUGAAUGGAGCAUGUCCAUUGCAGGCAUGUUCCCUGAAGUCUGUCAAUUAUUGUAAACAUGUUGGUAUCUUUUGUGGCUGACAAUCAGAUGCCUG